AGAGAACAGAGGAGACGAGGACUGAGGAGACGAGGACUGAGGAGACGAGGACCCAAGAGAGAGGAGACGAGAACAGAGGACACGAGAACAAAGAAGAUGAGGACAGAGGAGACUAGGACAUAGGAGGCAAGAACAGAGGACAGAGGAGAGAGGAGACAACCACAGAGGAGAGAGGAAACAAGGACAGAGGAGACGUGAAAGAACAGAGGACAGUGGAGACGAGGACAGAAGAGACAGGAGACAAGCAAAGAGGAAACGAGCAGGGAAGAGACAAAAACGAGGACACAGGAGACAAGGAGGGAGGAGACGAGCAGGGAGGAGACAAAACGAGGAGAGACUAGAAGAGGAGACGAGGAGAGAGGAGGCGGCCGAGGACACAUCUGAGAAAACAACAAGGAGGGAGGAGACAUAAAGACACGAGGAAACAAAGACAAACAAACAAGGAGUUAGGAGACAGAAACUCAGCCUCUGAUUGGUCCAGACGAGACUUCAAAUCCUGAAUCCCGCGUUUUCAUUGGUCGAGAGGAAUGAGCUGAAGCGUCUGAUUGGUCGGCGGAUAGUUUGGACGCUUCUGAUUGGUUGGAGGACAGUUUGUGAUUUGUGAUUGGCCGGUGGAGCGUUUGGGAGCAGCUGAUUGGUCGGUGGCCAUGAUGGGGAAGGACUACACUUUGGCCAUUCUCAUCGUGAAUUAUGACGAUAACUUGUGGACAGACCAGAACCUCCAGUCGGACCCUGAGCUCCCGUCAGGCUGGAGGACCAUCACCGACUCGACAGGGACCUACUACUGGCACCUGCCGACAGGUGCGACGCAGUGGGAACAUCCAAGAGAGAGCGCCACCCGGGGGAGGGGCCAGGUACUGCAGGAGGAAACGAGUCCGAGCGACAAACCAGAGGAGCUGCACCGAUCCUCAUGGCAGGAAGAUCCUCACCACGACCCCGACUCUAAGGUGUUCUCCGUUCGCUCUUUGGGCUGGAUGCAGGUUCUGGAGGAGGACCUGGGACCGGGCCGGAGCAGUAUUGUUGUUAGUCAUGUGAUCCAACAACUGUCCCACCAAAACACGACCAGAGACCGGACUAAGGACCAGACCAGAGACCAGACCAGGGACCAGACCAGGGACCAGACCAGGGACCGGACCAGAGCCAGGAUCCAGGCCAAGACUCCCAAGUCUGCAGGGAGUCCACAGCAGAACCCGAGUCAGAACCAGGACCAAGACUCAGCAGAACCUCUGGAGGCCUGUGGAGAGGGGCGGGACAUGAAGUUGGUUUUGAAGAAGGACUCUCUGAUCCUAUUGGACCCCUUAGACGACACCCCUCUGCACUGUCAGCCAAUCAGCAACAUCCGAGUGUGGGGCGUGGGCUGCAACAACGGCAGGGACUUUGCGUUCGUGGCCGGGGACAAAGACUCGUGUGUUCUGAAGUGUCACGUUUUCAGAUGUGACGUCCCAGCGAAAAGUAUCGCUACUGCACUACACCAGCUCUGCUCCAAGAUGAUGUCAGAGGAAAGUUGUCGUCCUUCUCGUUCUCUCACUCUGGAGUCCAUCUCUCCACAAGACUUCCCCCGACAAGUGGAGCGGGUGGAGGCGGUGCAGCAGCAGGUGCAGAAGUUUCCGGUCAGAUACGUCGGGAGCCUCCCUGUGUCCACUGCCAUGGGGAUGGAGGUCGUGAACCGAGCGAUCGAGAGCCUUAUGACCUCUGACCCCGACGACUGGGACUCCGCCUACAUCCACGUCAACCACAGCGCCCUCUCUCUGUGGAGGGGAGAGGAGCUGCUGUGGGAGUUGCCGGUGCGGUUCCUCACCUUCCUCGGGGUGGGGCAGGACUCUCACACUUUUGCCGUGAUCGUGGACAGAUUCAAUGGAAGGGCAUCUGACUCUUUCUGUGUGGACAGAGACACUGGGAGGGCAUCUGACUCUUUCUGCGGCACAAGGAGGUUCCAGUGUCACGUGUUUUACUGCGACCCACACGCCGGAGACGUGUCCGAGGCCGUACAGGCUGCAUGUAUGGCACAGUACCAGCGCUGUCUCGUGGCACAGACGCCCCGCCUCCGGCCUAAAGUCAAACGCGCCGCUUCGGUCGACGCCACGGCGACAGCUCUGUAUCAUCUCCAUGGCAACGGCUCAGGCUCCGCCCUCAGCAGCAGCCUCAGCAACAUGAGCGGCGCCGGCGUUAGCGUCAGCGGCGUCAGGAGGGUCAUGGCCUUUUUCGACACGCUCCGAAACAAACCCACCGCCACCUCCUCCUGAGAACUACAAGGAGUCGCCUCUAAAAGCUACAAAUAACUACAGGAAGUACAAUUUUCAAACAGGAAACAAACCCCCAGCCCUCUCCGCCUGAAUAAACUCCAGGAAAUAACCUUUAAAAACUACAACGACCUACAGAAAGUACAGGAAAUACAAGAAAAAAACAGGAAACAAACCAACCGCCAUCUCCUCAUGAGAACUACAGGAAGUCACCUCUAAAAACUACAAUGACCUACAGAAACUAGAGGAAGUACAAGAACAUACAGGAAAUAAACCCACCACCUUCUCCUGAGGACUACAGGAAGUAACUGCUAAAAACUACAAAGAACUACAGAAACUACAGGAAGAAAGCUCUAAAAACUACAAAAAAAAAAAAAUUA